UAAUUUUCUCCAACUAGUUUGCAAACUCAUUCUCUUAUAUAAAUACAUCUUCUUCACUUAGUAUUACUAAUUAGAUGCAUGCAUGCCAGCAUUUCUUGCUCUAAUUCUUUGUCUUCCUCAUUUCUUCAUCAACCAUUUUCUCAUUUUUCAUAUAAUUUUCUUAUAAUGUUUUUCUUGAUUUUGAUAUUAAUAGCUAUAGUCAUUAUAAGCAUCACACAUUGGCUUUAUAGAUGGUGGAACCCACAAUGUAAUGGGACACUCCCACCAGGUACAAUGGGGUUCCCUCUUCUUGGUGAAACUCUUCAGUUCUUUGCUCCACAUACUAACUAUGACAUCCAUCCCUUUGUCAAACAAAGGAUGAAGAGAUAUGGUUCUAUAUUCAAAACAAGUCUAGUUGGAAGACCAAUUAUAGUUUCAGCUGAUCCAGAGCUUAACUAUAGAAUCUUUCAACAAGAAGGCCAAGCAUUUCAGAGCUGGUAUCCGGACACAUUUACAGAAAUUUUUGGGCGACAAAAUGUGGGAUCUUUACAUGGGUUCAUAUACAAGUACCUUAAAAAUAUGGUGUUAAGUCUGUUUGGUCCUGAAAGCCUAAAGAAGAUGCUUCCUGAAGUUGAAGAUGCAGUGCUUAAUAGGUUGAAUCAGUGGUCUAAACUAGACUCUGUGGAGAUAAAAGAUGCAUCAGCUAGUAUGAUUUUCAAUUUGACAGCCAAAAAGCUGAUUAGUCAUGAUGCUGAAAACUCUUCAGAGAAUCUAAGGGACAGUUUUGUUGCUUUCAUUAAGGGAUUAAUCUCCUUUCCUUUGAACAUUCCUGGCACAGCAUACCAUAAAUGCUUACAGGGAAGAAAGAAGGCAAUGAAGAUGCUGAAAACCAUGUUACAAGAAAGAAGAAUGAAUCCAAGGAAACACAAUACAGACUUCUUCGAUUACGUACUCGAAGAAUUGGCAAAGGAAGGAACACCUCUAACUGAAGGAAUUGCUUUGGACUUGAUGUUUGUGCUUCUAUUUGCUAGCUUUGAGACAACCUCCCUGGCUCUAACUGUAGCCAUCAAGUAUCUCUCGGAAUGCCCUUCAGUGUUACAAACUCUUACGGAAGAGCAUGAGGCGAUUCUGAGAAGGCGCGAUAAAUCAGAUUCUCAUCUUACAUGGAAUGAGUAUAAAUCAAUGACAUUCACAUUUCAGUUUAUUAAUGAAACAGUUAGGAUGGCAAAUAUAGUACCAGGAAUUUUCAGGAAAGCCCUCAGAAAUGUUUGCUAUAAAGGUUAUACAAUUCCAGCUGGUUGGGGUGUGAUGGUCUGUCCUCCUGCUGUACACUUAAACCCUGACAGAUAUGAAAAUCCUCUUGACUUUAAUCCAUGGAGAUGGGAGGGAGGAGAAAUAAAUGGUGCAUCUAAACAUUUCAUGGCAUUUGGAGGAGGCAUGAGAUUUUGUGUGGGGACAGACUUCACAAAGGUCCAAAUGGCUGUUUUCCUACACUGUUUAGUCACAAAAUACAGGUGGAAUCCAAUCAAAGGUGGGAAUAUUGUGAGGACACCAGGCUUACAGUUUCCAGAUGGGUUCCAUAUUCGGUUGGCUGAAAAAUCAUCAACAGAAGCCAUUAAAUGAUCACCAAUGUUUUGAAGCUGAAUUUGAUACUAAAAGCAUUACUGCAAUAAAUAGAGAUAAAUACAAACAUACAGGAAAGGAGAACAAAUAUUUACAGUUCUCCCAACAAAAAAAAAAAAAAAGAAAAAAAGUUGUAUUCUUUACAGGAUUUGUAUACAUUUUAUUUAUAGUUUUUUACCCUUCAUCUUUCUUUGUAUAUGUGAAGAACACAUAUGAUGACUUAGAAAAGAAGGGGUUAUUAUAUAUGUUUCACACAAAUAAAAAUCAUUGCUGAAUUCA